CCCGACGUGUCACCGGCGGCGCCGCUGCUGUGGUGGAGGAAGGAGUGAAGGGGCCAGUUCGAGGUAGCGGCGGCGGGUGGCGGCGGCGCCGGCGAUAUCAGCCCGGCCGCGACCUGCCCCUGCUCCCGCACGGAAGUGCCCCUGGGUCUGUGGGGAGCAGGAGGAGGAGGAAGCGGCGGAGGCCCAGCUCCCGCGGGGCAAGAUGCUGAACAUGUGGAAGGUCCGGGAGCUGGUGGACAAAGCCACCAAUGUGGUUAUGAAUUAUUCAGAGAUUGAGUCUAAGGUUCGAGAGGCAACCAACGAUGAUCCUUGGGGACCUUCUGGGCAACUCAUGGGAGAGAUUGCCAGGGCCACAUUUAUGUAUGAACAGUUUUCUGAACUUAUGAACAUGCUUUGGACACGAAUGUUGAAAGACAACAAAAAGAACUGGAGAAGAGUCUAUAAGUCGUUGCUGCUCCUAGCUUACCUCAUAAGGAACGGAUCAGAGCGUGUUGUUACAAGUGCCAGAGAACACAUUUAUGAUUUGCGAUCCCUGGAAAAUUACCACUUUGUAGAUGAAAAUGGCAAGGACCAAGGUAUAAAUAUACGCCAAAAGGUGAAAGAAAUGGUAGAAUUUGCCCAAGAUGAUGAUAGACUUCGAGAAGAGAGAAAGAAGGCAAAGAAGAACAAAGACAAAUAUGUUGGGGUUUCUUCAGAUAGUGUCGGAGGGUUCAGAUAUGGUGAAAGGUACGAUCCUGAACCAAAGUCAAAAUGGGAUGAGGAAUGGGAUAAAAACAAGAGUGCUUUUCCGUUCAGUGAUAAAUUAGGUGAACUGAGUGAUAAAAUUGGAAGCACAAUUGAUGACACCAUCAGCAAGUUCCGCAGGAAAGAUAGAGAAGACUCCCCAGAAAGAUGCAGUGAUAGUGAUGAAGAAAAGAAAACGAGAAGAGGUAAAUCUCCCAAAAGUGAGUUCAAAGAUGAAGAGGAAACUGUGACGACGAAACACAUUCACAUUACACAGGCCACAGAGACGACCACCACUAGACACAAACGCACAGCAAAUCCUUCCAAAACCAUCGAUCUUGGAGCCGCAGCCCAUUACACAGGGGAUAAAGCAAGUCCAGAUCAGAAUGCUACAACUCAUCCACCUCAGUCUUCAAUAAAGACUUCAGUGCCUAGCAGCAAAUCAUCUGGUGACCUUGUUGAUCUACUGUUUGAUGGCACUAGCCAACCAACAGGCGGAUCAGCUGAUCUGUUUGGAGGGUUUGCUGACUUUGGAUCAGCUGCUGCAUCAGGAAACUUCCCUUCACAAGGUUCAGCAACAAGUGGGAAUGGAGACUUUGGUGACUGGAGUGCCUUCAACCAAGCUUCUUCUGGUCCCAUGGCUUCUAGUGGAGAGCUUUUCAGUAGCCCCUCCCAGCCAACUGUGGAACUCUUCAGUAGCUCACAACCAGCUCUGAGUCAGCCUCCAGCAGCCUCAAAUACUUCAGAUCUGUUUGAUUUAAUGGGCUCCUCCCAAGGAACCAUGACAUCUUCCCAAAGUAUGAAUUUCUCUAUGAUGAGCACUAAUACAGUGGGCCUUGGUUUACCCAUGUCACGAUCACAGCCUUUACAAAAUGUUAGCACAGUGCUGCAGAAGCCUAAUCCUCUCUAUAAUCAGAAUACAGAUAUGGUCCAGAAAUCAGUCAGCAAAACCCUGCCAUCUACGUGGUCGGACCCCAGUGUCAACAUUAGCCUGGACAACCUACUACCUGGUCUGCAGCCUUCCAAACCCCAGCAGCCGUCUCUGAACACAAUGAUCCAGCAACAGAAUAUGCAACAGCCUAUGAAUGUGAUGACCCAAAGCUUUGGAGCUGUGAACCUAAGCUCACCACCGAAUAUGAUCCCUGUCCGGCCUCAGACCAAUACAUUGAUGGGAGGACCCAUGCCUGUGGGCAUGCCUAGUGUGAUGACUGGCACAAUGGGCAUUGCCUCUCUUGGAAAUGCUCCUAUGAUGAACCAGGGAAUGAUGGGAAUGAAUGUGAACAUGGGAAUGCCAACUGCGGGGCUGGGAUUGACAGGCACAAUGGGCAUGGGAGUGCCCAGUCUGGCCAUGGCUUCUGGAACUGUACAACCCAAGCAAGAUGCCUUUGCAAAUUUUGCCAACUUUAGCAAAUAAGAGUCUAUAAAGAACCAGAUUGAAUGAAGGAUUUUUAGCUGCAGAGAGGUGAUGUUGGGGUGGAAAAUGCUGAUCAGUACCCUUUUCUUUUAUCAAUUACUAAAAAUGAACCUGCAUAAAAAAACCAAAAAGGCUUUUUUGUAAAAGUGAAAUAUCUAGUGUUCCAGAUGGACAGGCCAGGGCACUUCAGACAAGGCAGUAUAAUUAUUUUUUCCAAUGAGCCUAGACCAUGUUUUGUAGUGAGACCAUCAGAAGCCUUUAUAAAUUACAUAAGCAAUUUCAUUGUAAUUUGUGGAAAGACUGAAAUAGGGCUGAACAAAUCUGUUUGAAUCUCUAAUUUUAUACUUUUCUUUUACCUGAUGAACUUGAUUUUUCUGUCCCUGAAUCGCCUUGUCAUAAUUGGACCCGUUGCUUUUCCUACCGCUUUUGAGUCCAUAGUUGAAGUCAUUCAAGUCUGAUAAUCUGUUUUUUAUAAAAAUAUCUAUUUUUGUCCAAAAAAAGGCUUACAUAUGUGAUUAUGGCUAAAUCAGAGGUAACUGGAAUGUAUAUACUUUUGCUAAUGUUCCAGGCACACUGCUAUACUAUCCAAAUUUUUAUUAUAACAAAUCUUUUGAAGCAGUUGGUGAUAGGUAUGGAAGGGGCUUCUCCCAGUUCUCCCACUAUAAUUAUCAUUCAGUGGAGAUCUGGGAGAAAUGCUUUCUCUGGGGCUGUUGUACGGUUUCCUUUCCAAAAAGAUCUCCAGCAUCUUUUAUUUUCAGUAGGCAUUCUUUACAAUUUGUAGUCAUUGAUGGGCAGGACUUCUUUCUGCUCUAUCCCCAUAGCCAUUGGUUAACAGCAAAAUUUGUCAGAGCAAAAAUAUUUAUUUUUUUGGGCAUCUUUUCAAAAAAUAAGGUAAAAAGCCUUAAUACAUUUUUAAGUUAAAUAUAAAUGUUUAAACCCAACAGUGUUGGUUUUUAGAUUUUAUACAAUACUUGGUUUUGGUUUCGUUUUGUUUGUUUUUUGGUGUAAAUAUGGCAUUUGCAAGCUGUGGUUCCAGUAGCGGGAGUUAAAUAUAUAUUAUUAAAGGAGACCUGUAGCAGUCAAAGAUUUUAUUGAUUUAAUGGAAAAUAAAGGAAAUUAAUUAAAAAAACAUUUUUGUUUUCCUGCUAUAAUUCUGCAUUAAGAUCACAUGAAAAUCAUGAUUCUAGAGUUUGGAAUGCAAAAUGAAUUGUUUUACCCACAAGUUGGGAAUAAUAAUAUUGAAAAUAAACACUAUAAUAUAGGUAUCAAAUUAUUACCUCCCCCUCUUUAUGUUGGAUUUCUUUUUUAUUAAAUUGAUAAAACUUUGUUCCCAUUGUAUUCAUAAUGUUCUGUUAUACAUAACAUUAAAAUAUUCAUUAAAAUCA